AUGGCGUCCGGAGGUGGCUCCCUAGGCCUCAUAGCCUGCCUCCUGCUGCUUCAGCCAAGGCCCUGCGCGGCCUGGGCGGCCGCCUCUGUCCUCUCUACUUCCGGCUUCCUCACAGGGCUUAGCGAAGGCCCGCAGGGAACCCCACCGCCACCCACCCGGGUGCGCACGACCAAGGCGGCCCACGAGAGGCCUACCACCCGCUCUCCUUUCACCAAGUUUUCCGUAGUGUGUGGCGAACCCUUUAUGAAAAUCAUGGGAGGGAUGGACGCUGAGGAGGGGAAAUGGCCCUGGCAGGUGAGCGUUCGUGUCAGGCACAUGCACAUCUGCGGAGGUUCCCUCAUCAAUUCCCAGUGGGUGCUGACUGCAGCCCACUGCAUUCACAGCCGAACCCAGUACAAUGUCAAGAUGGGCGAUCGGAGUGUCUACCGACAAAACACCAGUCUGGUGAUUCCCGUCCAGAAGAUCUUUGUCCAUCCUAAGUUCUCAACAGCUAUCAUCGUUAAAAACGAUAUUGCCCUUCUUAAGCUCAAGCACCCUGUGAAUUUCACCUCUAACAUCCAUCCUGUCUGCGUCCCUAUAGAGACUUUUCAUGUGAAAGCUGGAACCAGAUGCUGGGUGACAGGAUGGGGCAAACCAGAUCCAGGUGCACCAAAAGUCCCGACAGAAAUUCUCCAGGAAGUGGACCAAAACAUCAUCCUUUAUGAGAAAUGUAAUGAGAUGCUGAAGAGAGCUACGUCAGGCUCUGCUGAUCUAGUCAAGAGAGGCAUGAUCUGUGCCUAUAAAGAAGGAGGGAAGGAUGCUUGCCAGGGAGAUUCUGGAGGCCCGUUGUCCUGUAAAUUUAAUGACAAAUGGGUGCAGGUAGGAGUUGUGAGCUGGGGCAUCAGCUGCGGCCGACGUGGACAUCCUGGAGUUUAUACAGACGUCGCCUUCUACAGCAAGUGGCUAAGUGCCGUGGUGAACCAGUCUGCAUGUUUGCAUCCUGCGGUCCUCCUCAUCUCCCUGCUGUGUUGGCUGACCUUGUGACAUCCUGUGGACACAGUGAUGGCUCAUUUCAUUCGCAUCCUCUUUAGAGCCCCUGUCAUUUGACCUUCCCAAUGCCCUUUCUUCAAAUCCCCUUUGGGGUCCCUUGCCCCAGAGAGAGCCACAGUGAGAUAUGUUGGGGAGUGAGACUGCAAAGUGUUCUGCCUGGUGCUCUGGUCACCA